GCGCGAUGCCGAGUGAAGCAGAAGAUGGCUGACCUGGACCGUAGCCAGAAGGAGUGGAAGAAGCGAAGGAGAUCCCAAACUCCCGAGCGUUUCGUUUCAUCCAAGACGCCCCGAAGGGAUGCCAUUUGCACUUCCCCGGAGGCGUUUCUUGCGAGGGUCGCGAAAUCGCCAGGCGCCAAGGUGGGCACGCCGCCCUGGCCCUCGCCGGGCACGGGGCGGUUGCAUCCGAGUGGGUACUGGAUGUCCUCGGGCACUCAAAAGGAUCUCACCAUUCGCGAGCGUCCGAAGCCCAACACCGUGGAUCGUCUCAAGACCGCCGAUGAAGGCGGCUCAGCGCAGCCGAAGCCGAACAGCGCAGCCGGUUCAGCGCAACCGGAGGUGGUGCAUAUCUUGAAUCCCAUCACGUGCGUGGAUGAUAUCGUACCGGAGAAAUGCAUAUACAAUCGAUCCGUGGACGAAGCAGAAGCCAAGAAAGCCGCGGACAACUUCAUAAAGCAGCGGUCAAUCGUGCGAGUACAUGACAACAAGGGUUACAAGGGCGACUGGCCUCACUACACUUUUAUUCCAUGUCAGAAAGGUGCCAAGCCUCAACAGAAGCGCGAAGAACAUUUUGGGAAUACGGCCUUGAAGAUUGAGGAGCACAUCAGAACCACACUGAUGUUUUUGCCGCCGUCAUCCUUGAGUGGCUUGCGGAUCCCUCCCCUGGGCUGUCUCUCGUUGAAGUCGCACCGUCCCGACUUCCAGCUCCGCGACGCCCCGGCGCUGCUGGGCCUUCGCCGCGACGGGCUCCUGGAGGUCGGUGAAACGAACGAAGGGAGCGAAGCACUGGAGGAGGCGUCCUUUUCGAUCCAACAGAUCUAUGAAGACGAAUGUGACGUCGCGGUGGAUUGCGCUGUGCGGAACGGCUUGGAGAAACACUGGAUCUUCACAACUCAUUUGUUGAGAGGGCUUCUAUAUCCGAGUCGUGGUGCUAUCAAUCAAGAGCUUGGUGGCGAAGGAUCUGAGUCCUAGUGAUCCACAAAAGGUCUGGGAACGUUUGCAGCAGCAAUUGAUGACCAUCUAUGACUUCGAAACGAAGGAACCGCGAGACUUGCCGCUUUCCGAGUGGAUGUCUUGCGUGUCAUCGUUGCUGCAGAUGCUGCGCACUCUCUCGAUGAUCCAGCAGCCCUUUUGAGCGCGCCGUGGCGAUAAUCGGCGGUCCUAGGUGGACCUCCCCCCGUGUCACCGAUAGCGCUGGGAUUUU